AUCUUCAAGCCAGCAUCAGUAGCAAGGCAUCCAGCAUUUGCUCACCAUGAAGAUCACCCUGGUACUCGUACUCCUCGCCACCAUCCUCGGCUGUGUGAUGAUCCACCAGUCGGAGGCGGCCUCCACCACCACGACCACCUCCGCCACGGCGACCACCACUACUUCCGCCUCGGCCACCACUGCUUCCUCCUCGGACACCACCACUACUUCCUCCUCCUCUGACACCACCACAACAGCCUCACCUUCAAGCUCCAAAAAGAAGAAGACUGUCACGCACUACAAGCGGAAGGUCAAGAAGCCAAAGAAGGUCAGGAAAAUCAAGAGGAGGAGGGGUCUCAGGAGCCGCAAUGGUCGCAGCAGCAGAAACCGCAGAUCCGAUGAAUGAAAGAUCCAGGACUAAUAGGAAAUCCACGCCACUCUCGAUGCUGAACCCCGGAAACCAACUGUUUUCUAUUUUUGUUCUUAGUCCAUAAGCUUAACUAAUACUACAAUAAUUCUUUAACAAUUAUAAUUAUUCAAUUAUAAAAUCAU